CGUUCGUGUCAUUAAUUGGUUGACGGAAAGAAAACGGAAAAUAUUUCAUUUGUCGAUCACAUACCUUUUGUAGGGCACAGCUCAUAAUAAAAAGUGUAAAAUUACUCGAAAAUUUAUUGUGUUAUAACGUUAGCAGAUAAACUACGGGAGGAUGUGUUAUUGGUAGACGUUGUCUUCAAAAACAAAAACAAAAAAAAUAAUAUUACCCCUUUGGUAAACUUGCACAUCAACAUUUGUUAAUUGAUUCAGUAUUUACUAACUCACAGUUAGCUACUUUGCACACUGUUGGUGCACCGCAUAUUUUUUAACUGCACUCAGGCAGCAGAGAACAACAGAUAAUGCAGCGUAAACUGUUGCUCUACGCGCUUCUCUUCUUAGCUGUGACGUCCCAAAAAUGCCAUGUAGUCGAAAGUGGCGGCCCACCCAGUGAUACGAUGGGCGCCAUUGCCGCGAAUCGCUACAAUGCUGAACAGCAACAGCAGCAGCAUCAUCUGCAUGCAUCGACACAUCAUCAAGGUAGUACUGGCGGCGGUGGCGGUGGGAGUAACAGUGGUGCGCCGAUCCCCGCAGUGUCUUCAGCUGCGCAUGCCCAAUACCAUGCAUCUCCAUCGGGCAGUGGUCACAUGGAGCAUCGAAAUUCGUAUAAUCUUCUAAGUGAAGCCAUGUCACAGGCGGUCAGCAAUGAGUUCAGUUCAUUGGGCAGUGGCUCUGCUGAUGGUGCUUGCCAUGCAGAUGAUCUGGAUUGCUAUAGUGGAAAUCUGCAGGAUCGUUUGGGUAUGGAAGCUAUACGUACACUGCAUCGUCAACUCGAUGAUGACGACAAUGGCAAUAUCGAUUUGAGCGAAUCGGACGACUUUUUACGUGAAGAACUGAAAUAUGAUUCUGGAUAUGAGAAGCGUCAGAAAGCGUUCCAUUUCAACGAUGAUAUGCAUAUAUCGGUGAAGGAGUUGUGGGAGGCUUGGUUACGUUCGGAGGUGCACAACUGGACUAUGGAACAAACUACGGAUUGGUUAGCGCAAUCAGUGCAAUUACCACAAUAUGUUGAACUAUUUCGUUUGCAUAAAGUAACCGGAGCAACAUUGCCACGGUUGGCAGUGAAUAAUAUGCAUUAUGUGGGCAAUGUGCUGGGCAUAAAGGAUCCCAUUCAUAAGCAGAAAAUUGCGCUCAAAGCGAUGGAUGUUGUGCUUUUCGGGCCACCGCGUGAAACGGGCACACGAUGGAAAGAUUAUAUUUUAGUGACCUUAUUACUCAGUGCAAUUAUCGGCUGCUGGUAUGCAUAUCAACAGAAUAAAAAUGCUAAAAGACAUUUGCGACGGAUGGCACAAGAUAUGGAGGGACUGCAGCGUGCCGAACAAAGCUUACAAGAGAUGCAAAAGGAAUUAGAACGUGCUCGCAUGGAACAGGAAAAUGUCGCUACCGAAAAAAUGGACUUGGAACGUCGCCUGAAAGAGGCCCCCGCACUUUCAUCAUCCAGCUCAGAUCUGGAGGUGCAAAAGUUGAAAAAAGAAAUCGAAAUAUUGCGUACUGAGUUGUCGCGCGCUGAAAUCGAAUUGGUGGACAAUUGCUGGACACCACCACCACAACUACAAUCCUGGUUGCAGUAUACCUACGAGUUGGAGAGUAAAAACCAUAUGAAGAAGCGCAUUUCAGCCGAGAAACAAUUGCAGUCAGCGCGCGAAGCAUGUGAAAAAUUGCGCAAAAAGCGCUCAAGUCUAGUUGGUGCGUUUGUCUCGACGCAUGGGAAGAGUAUUGAUGAUGUGGAUCGUUCUAUUGUAGAGGCGCGUAAUGCACUCAGUGAAGUGACGAACGAAUUGCAGGAGCGCUUACAUCGUUGGAAACAAAUUGAAAAUUGUCUUGGUUUUAAUAUUGUCAAUAAUAAUGGCUUGCAGUAUUUAGAAAAUGUGCUGUACAGUCGGAAUGGUGGCAGCAGCGUUGGUUCGAACAAGGGCUCACGAGGACGCAUCACGAGCAGCAGCGAUGACUUAGAUGAUGAAUCUGUGCAAGCCAACUUUUGCGAUCCCAAAGCACGGACCUGGUACCAAUGGAAAUCUACACGUUCCUUAAUAGACAACAGCAACAGCAUAACACGAAAUCCAGCGCUAACGGCAACAACAACGGCCUAUCUGCGGGACAGCAAUUCAUCGGUGGCGGAAGCGGAGUUGGCGGAAAAAUUAGCGGAACCAACAGCAAGAAGAUGGUCAAGCAGCACAGCACAACUAGCCAACAGUCCACAUCGUCUACAUCAUCGUCCAUCCAUUCAACCCCAUCCGCACCAGCGGCUGUCGGCGCAGACGUACACAGCGGCAGCAGCAGUGGCGGCGGCAGCAAAGGACAAUCCCCUGGACGAUGGUCAUCAUAUGAGCGCAUCUUGCCAAUCCAUCAACAACAGCAGCAGCACGAACAUCAACUCCUUAUUUGGCAGCCAUUGCAGUCUGUGCAGCAACAGCAACUCCAGCACAAUCAGUCAACCAACCAGCAUGGAACACAACAGCAGCAUGCACAGCACACUGGAGACCAGGAGUCCUUCAAGCAGUCUCAGUACACAGCAACUGCUGGAAAGCCGCCAGCAAUCAACCAAUACCAACAGUUGCCCACUUCACUUGGCUUGCAGUCGCUGUGCCGGGAGACACAUCAGCAUGGGAAUGUUGACGCCACCGCCACCACCACAUCUACGUCAACUCUUGCGUCGGCACACAGUGAUACCCAAAUGGAGGAGCAACUGUUGCUCAACGCCGACAGCGCAAGUCUCGAUGGGGGAGGCACCAUCAAGAAGCGAAAACGACGCCUGCGCUUCCCUUUCGGCGGCGGACAUCGCAAAUCCGCCAGUAAUGCCAGCGCCAGUAGUGGCAGCACCGCAAGUGCUGGCGCCAAUCCCAGCUCAAACAAAAAUACAUAGCUCACAUAGCUCUGGCUGUUUGACUACAUCCUACAACGUUUUAGUAGGAGAUGUAGAGGAGACGGUAAGAAUGGACCGACAGCGACAAAGCGACGAUGACGACAAAAGGGACGCUAAUGCGGACAAUUAUAUGUUUAAAAAUGAUAAUAAACCGAAUAAAAAAGACAACAGCGUAGUUGCGAACAUUGACGCAGACCCAGAGGCUGAAGCAUACUCACAGGUUACUUUGAAUUUCGCUAAACGCGCCGCAGAUGUUGCAGCGACUGCGCGACAAUUGAACGAGCAUGACAAUAAUUUUAGAGAUUCCUUAUGCGAUUUAAAGCGCACCAUGACCAGUGGUUUUACUACCGCAAUCUCCUAAUAGGCUGUCCUACGAAAUAUUUUUUUAUACACGUUUUGCAGUCUUCCAUGCAAUAUAGACCAACGAUGCAAAGAAUGUGCGUGCGAGUACUUACUUAAGCUAAAUAUUCAUUUACUUAAAAAAUCAAGCAUGACCAUAUUAUUAACCCUGAUCUCCGAAAGCAUGGCUUUCUUCCAGAAAUACGCUUCAAUGCUGUUUUAUCAAUCCCGCACUUCCUCGCAUUGCUAUUCGUAUAAGAUUCCCAUCGCAGUAAGCAAAGCAAUAAAGCGAAGGCUUGCGCAAAUAUAAAAAAUACAAAUCGCUCAUUUGCUGCAAGAAUGUAAAAAAUGCAUGAUGGUAUAUACUUAUUAACAGUAUCUCAUUAGAUGAAAAUGUCUCUUAGGGAGGCUUAUAGUGUAGUGUGAUUACUCUAGACUUAAACGUAACUUAAGAGCAACCUGGUAAAUCGGAAAAAUGUAUAAAUGAUUACUCUAGCCUUAAGAAACUUAGCGAGCGGCUCAUUUUGGAUUUUUAAGUUACGUAAAUUACGAAAAUUGAGAGCGGCGAGAGAAUCAUGCUACUAUAUUUUUAAUGCAAUAAGCCUUCAACAAAUUAUAUUUGAUAUUAAUUUGUUUUAUUUUUGUUGGGAGUAUUUAUCGAGUGGCCGCCGUAGCCGAGUGGGUUGAUGGGUGAAUACAGGUUCGAAACACCAAAUGACAGAAAAGGUUUUUUCUAAUAACGGCCAACCCUCGGCAGGCAAUGGCGAACCUGUCAUGAUAAAACUCCUCAAAAAAUGAAACUAUUUGCCGUUUGAAGGCGGCAUAAAACUGUAGAUCCCUCCAUUUGUGCAAAAACCUCAAGACACACACUAUAACUAGGAGGAAGAGCUCGAUGAAAAACCCAAAAAUAUAUAUGAAACUGGGACGAAAAACAUAUGGUUAAAUUGGGUGAUCUUAUUUAUUGGACAGGAGAUUUUAACCACUGGAGUAAAUAUCAUUAAGUUUUUACGCAACUUAAGUGAAAUUUAAGUCUAGAGUAAUUACACUAUUAGUAAAUUGAAAACUUUUGAGGCCGCUUUCCUUGAAAUUUUGAUUAUGUUUUAGGUAUGAGGUUCUUCCAGCAAACUAGCGUUAUGUAUGUAGGUAUGCGCAGAUAUUAUGUUAAGCAACAAAGACAGUUUUGCGCCAAAAUAAAACACAAUUACUUGGUAGUAAAUUAUUCAAAACAACAAUGAGGCAUUCAAACAUUUACGGCCUUAUUCUUAAUUUAUAAAAAAUAAUAUAUCUAAAAUACUGAAUCAAUAACAAAAUAUAUAGAAAAUGUCACAAAGCAUUUCAAAAACGUACGACCGUUUAGGAGUUGAAUUGCUUCCCCAAGCACUCGACAAGCGCCAGUAGCAAAAAGGUAGUUUUUGUUUUUGUUGCAAUGAAGUAAAUGUGCGUUUGUGCAUAUAAAUUGUUGUUUGUGCUAAUAAGUAUAUAAGACAAUUAGUUUAUUAGUGAAAUAAAUAAUAUGGAGCUGUGUUUACAAAUUAAACGUACGUCCGCUCGAAUCUUUGAAUAAAUUUAAAUUUUGCGUUUAAUUUGGAAUGGGGAACAUUUCCCGUUUUUGCGUAAAUAUAAAUAUAAAUAUAUUUUUUUAAUCUAAAACAGCACGCAUGAAUUUUUUUUGUUUUUCACUGAGCAUUAAAUUGUUUAAUAUUGAAUGUAAACUGAUGAGAAUAUCCAGCGGAUUACUCACAAUUGUUCCAAAAGUGCCUCAGAGAAAGAAAACACGAUAUUGUACUUAUAUGUAUAUUAAUUAGUAUAUAGAUUAAGUUGUGGAACAUUUUUUUUUAAUUAUUCUACAGUUUCGAUUUAGUCGCACCUGUCUUAGCAAAUUUGUAGUGUCGAAAUGGCUAAUACACAUUACACAAGCUCACGAAUCAAGGUAUGCAAUACUGACUUUAUUUUUAGCUCGUUCACGACUUGCACUUUCGGUACGAACAUAAGGAAGUUAAACACACAAGCGAGCUGAAAUCGCGAGUUUAAAAAUUUGUACAUGUAUCUAAAAAUAAUAAUUCUAUUCCAUUUCUGUUUCAUAAAUUGUAUUGCUGAUUACGAGAUUGAGUUCUGAUUUUCAAAAAUUAAUAUGACGGACGUAAGUGAGGAGAAAAUCCUUAAAUAUUUUUGAAACUCAAUAAUUUAGCCUAUUUACGUUUUCAAAAUAGCUUAUUUAUUGUAUAAAGGUUUUCCAAAUCGGAAAGGCCAUUCCAAUAAAGUGGUCAUAAUCUAAUUUUUUACAUUUAAUAGCGUAUUAUAACUUAACAUCUCGAAACUUAAUUUUUGAUGACUUUCAAUGGUCAAUUUCAAUGAAAUUAUUGCCAGUCGAAAUAAAAAAUUGAAUGAAGUUGGCAAUUCAAAUUAUGAAACAUAUAUUGCCAACAUCUGCGUAGCAUUUUGCAUGUUUGGCAGCCAUUUUGUAUUGGUAACGCUGACAUUGGGAGCAUCUUUGAUAAUUUUUAGUUUCCCAGACUGUGUAUUGCCCUUCUUUGCAAAGGAUUCACCCAGAAUCGAUGCGCCCUUCUUUCCUCUUCAUCGUAUAAAUCAAAUAAUGCUUUCAAGCAAUCAAAAGCGCGUGCAAAUUAGUACGUUGUUACUUGACGACAAUUUUAAAAUUACGAUGACAUAACAUGACAUUGCCCACACUUAAAAUAUCGCCAACGCAUUCAAACAAAUUAUUAUAAAAUUAUUAUUAUAAAAUGAAUAAUUGAGUGUCGAGAUGUUGAGUAAUUUUGAAUUUAGGUUUCAAAAUUCUUAGUAGCGGAUACAGUGGACAGUACUUCGAAACAUUUUUAGAUUGACAAAAUUUAAUGAUUCGAUUGCUUAGUAUUAGUGAUUCAAAAAGCAAAUAGAUUUCAUGAAAGUCAUCGAUUUACAAGAUUUUAAGUAUAUAGAGCUGAUUAUUCAACUGAGAAACUGAAAAUUCAAAGAACCGGUUUCAAUAAGGUUGCUAUAACCUCAGUUUUUUUUUUGCAUUCUCCAAAUGGCGGAUUAUAAUUUUGAGUUUAGUUUUUCAAAAUUCUCAGUAGCGGAUCAAGUACAGCGGACGGUACUUCGAAAAUUGAUUGAAGAUUGACGAAAAACUUUAACCGAUGCUGCUGAUUGCUUAAUCUUGAAACUUCAAAAACAAGUGAAUCAUACGAAGGCCAACGGUUUCAUCCAUAUUUAGAAUAUUUAAAUGCUUCAUAGAAGUAUAAAAGUUUCCAUACCUAUUGGCAAUUUAUAAAAAAAGAUUUGGAAAAUGUAAUAUUUAAAAGACAUUAUUUAUAUUUGUUGAAGUUCGUAAAAUCUUCUAUAUAUGUACAUACAUACAAGCAAUUUGAAAACGAACAAACAUUUGCUGUCGCUGGAGACUUGUAGAAAAUUCGAGUUUUUUACUUUCAAGUACGCACCAAAGCUGUACGAGUAUUGGCAGAUAGUUGUUGCGAAGUCAAAUAUGUAUGAAUAAGGAAGUUUUUAAGAUAUCACAAUCAACAAUAUUCCAUAACAAUUUGUACAACUUUCUUACAGAAAUAGAAAUUGCUUAGGACCACUUUGCGCUGUAUGAAUAAAUAUUUUUCUUCUCUUUUGGUAACUUUUUUGUAAACCAAAAGUAGUUGAGUAGGAAAUUUAAUUUUUGGAAUAUUUUUUCAAAUUCUCGAUUAAGAAUCGUAAAAAUCAGAGUCGUAGUUACCCGGGGAACUGAAGUCAAAAGCAAUAAAGGCAAGCAUCAAAUACAUCUAACGUUAUAUACUCGUUAAGUAUACCAUCGGAAUUUUCGUACAGUGUACAGUGUGUUUCGAGUCGCUUUUAUUUGUGUUUAAUUUCGUUUUACCCAAGCACUUGUAUAUACAUAUAAAUAUUUUACACUUGAAAUAAUUGGACUGAUAUUUCCUUGGCUAUGAAAGUUAUCAAUGCUGUUAUAAUCUUGUAUUACUUACACAUACUGUAUAGGUACUUAUAUACAUAUAUGUACAUAUAUGCAUGUACAUACAUACGUACGUACGCUGUGUUAGAAUGUACAGGCAAACUUCCGUCAAAUAAUUACUUAAUUUGGUAUUAAUUACUACAUUACCUAAAUAUUAGUAUAUGCAUCUACAUAAUAGCAACAUUUAUAAAACACGAAUAGGCAUAUACAAAUAUAUACAUAUGUACGAAUAUAUAUAUGAAUAUAUACGAAUGAAGAGCAUAGCAAUAUUAGUACUAAUUUUUAGCAAGCGAAAAAAAAAAACCUCACACACAAAGACAAAAUGUAUGUAAAACAAGUUUGCAUACAUCAGACACUAAGCACUAGACCUAACAACAAUAAUAUGUAAUAAUAAUUGUAAUACACAGCGAAAUUUUACCACAAUUAAGCAACAGCGAAAGAUGCAAAAUUUUGUAUCAGCAAAAUCGCUGAGAAAAUUAUAUCAUUAUUAUACCUUUUAAUAAAAAAUUACCUAAAAACAGUUAAUGUU